AUGAAGGUCCACGGCUCCACAUCAUUGAGACGGGAAUAUCACGCGCACGUGCAUCACAUUCUUCUCGCUCGUGGCGCACGUGCCACGCGUUUGGACCGUGCGUGCGCGCGCGUACACAGGAUACGGGGUAAAUGUGCCAGGGAGAUCCGCGGACUGUGUGUGGGAGAGGAGCCGCUCUGUAGAUGUGAUAAAGCCUUGAACCCGCGCACGCAGCGGCUCGGCCGUGUGCGCCUCUUUGUGACGCAGAUGGAACUCUGUCAGUCUAACAGCAGUGCUCCAAGAGAGAGUGAAUCGGCCCGAGCUGUCUCUUCAGAAGUCACCCAGCUGGAUCUAAAGCCCGCGGUGCCAUGGUGCGUUGGUCUGGACGUUGUGGAUACGGAGGUGGGGGUAUAUAAGGGGGAGGAAGGUGGGGGGUGGGGGGGCGUAUUCGCGAGAGGAGAGGUGGUCCGGGCCGUGUCGUGUUGGACCGUGAAUCUCACCACUAUUCCACACAGCACCAUUGAGAUCGCUCUUUCUGAUCUGGGGAAGAAGCGGCGUUCAGGGGAUGGGUGCAACUCGGAUUUUUCAGUUCUCAUCGUCAAGCUCAAACUCUCCUGCAGAGCGACACUCCGAGGGCGAAGACAGGGCGAGAAGCGCGCUGCAACAACUCUGGACCAUAACGCACGCAUUUCCCCCUCUUUUUCUUCAACACCGAGACGCGCACUGGAAUAA